AUGUCAGGCUUCGGUGACUUCACCAAUAUCUGCCACAUGGCGCCACUGCCAUUGUGCGCAUCCAUCGGCCCCAUCACGGAGGUGACGAGCGGCGUUGGUAUUGAGCCGGACUGCUAUGCCCGUAAUAUCGAGUUGGCAAAUACCAUCAUUUUUGAAGGUGCUGCCAGUGCCAUGCACAUUGUGUCUCUGCUCAUGACCGUCGUCAUGAUCUUGCACAUUCGUGGCAAAUUCACUGCUGUUGGUCGCAAGGAAAUCCUCAUGUUCUUCUACAUCUAUAUGCUUCUGAGUUUCAUCUCACUCUGCGUCGAUGCAGGUGUCGUCCCCCCUGGAUCCGACCCCUACCCGUACUUCGUGUCAGUUCAAAACGGCUUGUCAUCGGCUCUGAUUACUUGCCUGUUGAUCAACGGCUUCGUCGGUUUCCAGUUGUACGAGGAUGGCACCUUCCUCUCCGUCUGGCUCCUGCGCGUCUGCUCUCUGGUGGCCUUUGCGAUAUGCUUCCUGGUCUCCCUUGCGACCUUCAAGUCAUGGGCUGGCCUGGGCCCCACCAACACCGUCGGCCUGUUCGUCGUCCUGUACUUGCUCAACGCUAUCGAGCUCUUCGUCUACGUUGCCCUGCAAAUCCUCCUCGUUGUUAGGACUCUCCAGGACCGCUGGCCGCUGGGCGACAUUGCCUUUGGCAUCUUCUUCUUCGUCGUUGGCCAGGUGAUCCUGUACGCCGUGAGCACCCAGAUCUGCACCGCCGUCAGCCACUACCUCGACGGCCUGUUCUUCGCCACCAUUUGCAACCUGUUGGGUGUCAUGAUGGUGUACAAGUACUGGGACUCCAUCACCCGCGAGGAUCUCGAGUUCUCAGUUGGAACUAGGAUGAACAACUGGGAAGUGAAGGAGCUGCUGCCGGAGGAGGACCGCCGUGCGACUGUUUACGACAACGACCCCUACAGCCAGGCUGGUGGCUACGAUCACUCCUACUCGCCCUCGCCGGCACCGGCGCGCUACUCUGCGAGGUACUGA